AUGUCGUCGCCGGCUCGUGCGCCCCCGCCGCCCGUGCCGGGUCCGGUGCCGGCCGGCGCGGGCAUGCUGCCCCCGGGGCCUGGCCCUUCGCGACAGCGCUCCUUAAAGGACCGACUUAGAGAAGGCAUUACCGGACCCUUCCAUUGGCACUACGUAGCUCUGUCGCCGCCGCCCACGCCCCAACCGCCACCAGCAUGGCUCCGUCGCUCCUCUAGCAUAGCGUACGUUUGCUUUACUGCCGCAUUGUCAUGAAUAUUCAUAUCAUCCAACCCGAGCUUGCCGAACAAAUAGGUAAGCGACAAAUAUUAUUCACGUAGCCGAGUGAAUAAAACACUAAAUUCACCAGGCGCUCAUAAAUCUGUAGAUGUGAGUGAAUUUCCAUCGAUAAAAUUAAAUUCAAGAUCUUAUGUCAUUGGAUUUUCUCUUUAUUUCCGUGCAAAUAUGUAGCUAUGUAUAAACGAGAGCAAUCUUGCUGAUGUACCUAUUUGUGUAUUUGUGUUGUUGCGACAGUCGGUACUGUUGAGCCGUUGUUUAAGGUUGGUUUAUAGGUAGGCAAAGUAAACAAAUGUGUUGCAGUCGCACAGAUGACUCGCAGUUGCAGUGUGUUUAAUAAACAUCUCAGUCGUUCUUCCUGAUCGGUUAUAAUUACGUUUCUUUAUUUACGCACCCUUUACAACAUGUCUGUGCUGAGAGCAGUGAUAUGAAUAUGAAACCUGUCAACAUGCUCUAUUAUCUAGAAAUAAUGCGCAGUAGCAAAUAAGGAAAAUGCAAGUGUAGUAAAAGUAUAAGGCUGCUUUCUCAUUGGGUUUCAGGAAGACGUUUUUUUAAGGGAUUACA